UGAUGGAUUUCCACAGACCUCAAUAGACUGAGCCAUUAAUAGGAAAAUGGAAAUUGCCUGACGUAGCUGAAAUCACCCUGCAUAAAUAAAUGCAGCGGCGGAGGCCACUGAGAAUCUCAUGCGCCAGGUGAACACCUGUUAACAUGGGUCUUAAAGCGGUGGUAGUGCUCGUGGUGCUGGAAGGGCUCGCCGUUGUCGACCUCACAGAGGCUCUUAGCGCGGACGAUAUGGCAGGCUCCCUGUGGAUCAACGGGGUGUCCUGGGGCCUAUGUAGGAAUGCACCGCUGCCCAGAGAUGCCAUCAAGAUGAUGACCACUUCUAACCGGUUUUAUCUCAUCUUAGCGGCUUACAAAUCGUGGCAAGAUAACGAGCCAGAAUUAUGCACUCAUAUGAUCCUCCAUAAGAAGAAUGACAAGAGCCUGCACUUCAAGAAGUAUUCCCACUGGCGUGGAGAAUGGGCUGAGGACGACAGGUAUUUCAACAUGGAUCUACCGGCUAAUUCUAAAGUCAAGAGCACCAUGGUAUCCACUUUUGACCCAGACUAUCCCCAGUAUGGAUGGAAUUACACGCUGUUGUUCGCAAAGGAGGGCGUUUGUUUUGUGCUUCGUAACCUUGGCAACCGAGCACCUGGAUCACCCACACCAAGCAAACCCUUCGACUGUGAGCUUUGGACCGCAACUGACUAUUCCCACAACCAUUGGGAGGCGUGCAGCGAAGUCUUCCAGAAAAACUGCGUUGGAGGUCACCGUUCACCGUUCAAAAAGGACGUGUGCUGCAGUCGUAUCGGUCCACAGAGGCCAAAAUGGUGCUAGAAGUCAAACAAUAAAUGGCUUGGCUUACUCUUGA